AUCGACAAUUAUUCACAAUGAACUGAACGUUCUUACGAGUUCUAAUAACAAAAAAAACUACAGUGAAGUUUACAGUGUGACGUUCAACGCCAAUUAAAAUUAACAAAAAGAAUCGGCAAAACAUGUUUAUGAAAGGCAAUCUGCUUUUCCUCCUACCUUUGAUAGCAAAUAUACAAGCCUCUCCUUUUGAACUAACAGAAGCAUAUAUUGAGAGCUUUUCUCAAGGUCUGCAAGAACUGAAAAAAAUUUCUGAAGAGUAUGAAUACCAAGAGGAAAACUUCGUCGCUGAAAUGUACGACUCGAAACAAUCUCUGACUGAUGCAAAGGAGUACGAUUUCAUCAUAAUUGGAUCUGGCCCAUCAGGAUCGGUCAUAGCAAACAGGUUGUCUGAAAUUCCGGAAUGGAAAGUAUUACUUUUGGAAGCCGGAGCUCCGGAAACGAAGAUAAGUCAAGUUCCUUCGAUGUACCACUAUUUACAAACCACUCAUUACGACUGGAGGUACUCUACUGUUUCACAAAAUCAUUCAUGUCUAGGCAUGGAAGAGCACAGGUGUUCGAUAGCAGCCGGAAAAGCACUUGGUGGAAACACAGCUGUGAAUGAUAUGUUAUACGGUAGAGGAAAUCAAAGAGACUACGACCUAUGGGCUGAUCUUGGACUACCAGAGUGGUGUUGGAAUGACGUCCUGCCUUAUUUCAAAAAGAUUGAAGAUGCUCACAUUUCCGAUUUUGAUAGAAAACAUCAUAAUUUGGGAGGGCCACUACAUUUGGAAAAUUACCAACAUUCCACAAUCCUAGGUCAUACCAUACUCCAAGCAGGUCAUGAACUCGGUAUCAAAACAAUCGACUACAAUGGCAAAGAACAGCUCGGCCUAGCAAUUCCUCAAGCGAUAACGAAAAAUGGCAAGAGAAACAGUGUAGCGCAGGCUUACCUGGAACCUGCUAAGAAAAGAAAAAAUCUGGAGGUGGUACCUCUAAGUCGCGUCAUUCAGAUUCUCAUCAGUCCUCACACCAAAGAAGCUUAUGGCGUGAAAUUCAUUCACGAUGGCCACCUUUAUGUAGCUAAAACUACGAAGGAAAUCAUUUUGUCUGCGGGAGCCAUCAAUACUCCACAGUUAUUGAUGCUUUCUGGAAUUGGUCCCAAAGAAGAACUGGAACAACUCCAUAUUACUCCUGUCGCCGACCUCAGGGUAGGAAAAAAUUUAAAAGAUCAAGUCGGAUUCAUUGGUUUGAAUUUCAUACUCAACGAAACCUCUAAAGUUCAUGGAGAAUCUGAAUUUCUCAUGGAGUAUCUCAAGAAUGGUAAAGGUCCUCUGACCUCUGCAGGAAUUGAAGCUGUAGGCUUUCUCAAAACAGAUGCAUCAAAAGAACAAGCCCACUACCCAGAUAUCGAACUCCUAAUUUCAAACAACAUAUAUAACAGAGGUCACCAAAUUCAAAAAUCUCUAAGAGUUAGAAAAGAAAUCUACGACGCCGUUUGGGCUCCGUUAGAACCAGCAGAAGGCUUCUCCAUCCAAGUCAUACUACUCCACCCCAAAUCUACCGGAGCCUUAACCCUUCAUGACAGCGACCCACUACACCACCCUCUGAUCAACACCAACUCCUUAACAGAUCUAGACGACCGAGAUGUGGAGAGCCUGCUGGCAGGGAUCAAACUAUCUCUGAAGCUUUCACACACUGAUGCUUUACAAAAACUCGGCAUCCAUCUGAACCACAAUAAAGUACCGGGGUGUGAACACUAUGAAGGUGACAAUUACUGGAAAUGUGCCAUCAAAUAUUUGUCCGUCAACUUGGGUCAAAUAAGCGGAACUGCCAAAAUGGGACCAGUGACUGACAAAGAAGCCGUGGUGGAUGAAAAACUGAGAGUGUACGGAGUACACAAAUUGCGAGUUGCCGACGCUAGUGUAAUACCUGUGACCAUUUCCUCCAAUCUAAUGGCGCCUUGUAUUAUGAUUGGUGAAAAAGCUGCUGAUUUGAUUAAAGAAACUUGGAAGUGAAUUUCAUUAAAAGAAGAAAUUGAAUAUAUAAUAUAUCCAAUACAUUGUGAAAUAUAGUUGUAGAGAUCAUAUCAUGAAUUAUAAUUCAUUUGGAGCUUCUUUCAAUAAAUGUUGUAAAUUACCUACUA